UUUGGACGGAAGCUGACUAAUGGGUUGGGAGUAGGAGAGGACGCGUGAGGAGGGAGUCGCCUGGGAGAGUGAACCUCCGCUCCGCUAUAAAAGACGGAGCAGAUCAGCUCCUGGAGCCAAAGGAGAAGCAGGGGCGCCAGGCAGCCGACUCCACCCACGCUCAGCGCGAAGCGGCACAGAAGCUCGAACCAUGACCAGCGCCCACUCUUUUGCUGGACUCCUGCUCCUCGUCAUGAUCCAGAGCAGCUGGCAGGUGCCCGACCAGGACGCAGAGCGGAACUUCAUGCUUUUGGCUGAAAACUCCAUGACCCCUGAACCCAUCGAGGCUCCAAACAUGAAGAGACAUUCAGAGGGAACAUUUUCCAACGACUACAGCAAAUACCUGGAGACGAGGAGAGCGCAGGACUUCGUUCAGUGGCUGAAGAACUCAAAGAGGAACGGUCUGCUCAGGCGCCACGCGGACGGCACCUACACCAGCGACGUGAGCUCCUACCUGCAGGACCAGGCGGCCAAGGAGUUUGUGUCCUGGCUGAAGACGGGCCGAGGCAGGAGAGAGUAGGCUCAGCAUCGCGCUGUUGACCCCCCCCCCCCUAAGAGAAGCUCCACCGGCUCCAUGUUGUCCAUAUGCAAAACGUUACAGUUUGAAAUGUGUUUCAAUCCAAACUGCCGUGAUUUUUCUUAUUAAUCCUUCAUGUUUUUUGUCGACAUUUUCGGAAUUGUCACCUUUCAAUAAUGGAGUCUGUAGAUAGGUUCAAUAUGUGUUCUUAACAAUGAGAAAAGUCACGUUUAGUUUCAAUAAAGAAAUGUGUUCAUUGUUCGAGCUCCAUCCUUUAGUGUU